AUGGAGCAACACAACCCGAAGGGCUGCAUUGUGCCGGCGGAGAACCAAUCAAACGCCAACGAGUGCGCACAUCUGAACAAGGGCGAGAUCAAACAGGAGUCGGGGCAUGCUACAGAGCGGCUUGAGACACAGUUGAUGUACGGCGAGGUGGACGACGCGUCGCCGUCUGAUUGGAGCGAGGCAGACGCUGCAGGUCAACCGCAAACCUUGUACGCGGCCUGCGGAGGCGAUGCCGAGGAGGACGAGGAGUCUCACGAUCCAGAAAGGACAGUGGACGACGCGCCGUACGCUGAUCCUGAUGGUCUGUCGUUGCUGUGGACCAUGGACGAGGAGACGGUGCUGAUGCACUCCAGCCAGGUGUCGCUCGAGCGGAUUCGCACGCGACUAGAGGUGCUGCUUCUCGGCGUCUCUGAAGCGAUCCGCGUACGCAAGGCGUCGCACGCCUUGCAGUAUCGUGCCAGUAUCCGUCCCGUAAUGAGCUUCCAGGAGAAGGUGCUCGCAGCUGACCAUGCUCUCCGGCGUAUCAUUGGCGAGGCCUUCGUCAGCUUCGCAGAGCGGGAGGCGAUGCAGAUGGUGCAUCUUUGCUCGCUGGCCGACAAGGGUGUCACGGACUGUGACGAGCUGGUGCGCAAUGGUGUGGUGAUUCUCCAAGCCCUGAUGCACGACGGCGAGGCCGUCCAAGACUUGGAGCAGUUCCGUCGGUUCGUCUCGGCCCACCGCGCUGAGAUCACUAGUCCGCAGUGGCAGUGCGAUUUUGUUACCGCGCUGCAGUCUCUGGCAGUCGGCUUCCUGCGCCACCCCGAGGCCGUUAUGGCGUCCUACGGUCACUCUGUGAAUCAGAUUGUGCAGCGUGAGGCCCUCUACAUGGCACUGCUGCGUUUUUGCGGCGGAAGGCCCGUUGGUGACAUCCCAGCGCGAGCCAGUGCCGCUGAUAAAGCUAAGCCGGUGGCGGCAAGAACACAUUCGCCACACGCCGUAGCUACAAGCAGACGUCGCGCUUCAGGCGUGAGCACACCUCUGCAGCGGAAGCGCGAGACGAAGCCCAUUCACACGCCCAAGUACGAAGGUGGUACAGCGCGUAAGCAGCGGCCCUCCGGCUUGCAUCAGGGUUCGAUGAUUCCACCCGAAAUCCGGCAGCGUGCAAGAUCGAGUGCGUCCUCCAGGCCGUCGAGGCGCAGAGACUUGGGCUCGAAAUUUCGGCCCAACAGCACGACGUUUAGUUGCUCCUCCGUUGGCGCUGGGCAGAAGACGAGCGCGCUGGCACCGAGAAGGAAGGACCGAUAG